GCUUGUGCUGAUUCGGUGUGCACUGAUCUUAGAACAUCUCGCUGCUGCCUUGUCCCAUGUCCGACGAACUCAAUCUCACAUACUACCCUCUCCACGAAUCUCUCGCAUCGGAGUUUGACAAAAUCCGUGUGGGAACAAGCACUGCGCACAACCUCAAACAGGAGAUGGAGGACCUCCUCCGCUACUCCAUGCUGUUCCUCGAGACGAUAGCUACAGACGCGAUGGGUACCAGUCUGCAGGACGGACCGCUGGGCGAAGAGCUUCUCAAACAGGCUAGUGAGAUGCUCGUAUCGAUGCAGACCACACAGGACGCCCAGAACAGCAUGUUUGCAGCAGUCAGCCAGACCAAGGCCACAUUCCGCAACACAACCCGUGAGGAGCCGCCGUUACAGUUGGAGUACCUCCAGCACUACCAGAACAUCCCCUUGGACGAAACCCAUCGCUCACUAACACAGAUGCUCGACGACCUGCUAGCACAGCAGCCGGCGCCCCAGCGCAGCGCCGCACUCGAGGAGGACAUCCAUUUCUUGAAUAAUGCCGCGUUUGUGAUCCAACACCCGCUUGAACCACUUCCAGAGACCGAGGAAGACGAAGACGACCUUGCGAUGGCCGGUGGGAAGGUGGACUUGUACGACCCGUUGUUACGUAAGUUGUUUGUGGACCCGUACUACUCCAAAAAGUGCCGCCACGUAUUUGAAAAAGGGCCGGUACAUGAGUUGAUGCGCCAGGAACAUAGCAGGGAGAUUGACUGUCCAACGAUGGGGUGUGGGAUGCGCAUUUCGGCCAAGGACUUGGUGCCCGACAAGUUGAUGAAGUUGCGGGUUCUCGCGUACAACCAGCAGCAGAAUGCGAGCAAAGAUGCCGAGGAAAUGGUGAAGUUGUAGGAGGUGAAGUUGUAUAGGUGUUAAUGCGUACCAAGGCGGUGGAAUUAAGAGCGGAUUUGAAUUGAAAGUUGGCUGUGUGCAGAUUAGAGUGUAGUUAACCAGGUUUGUUACGAGAAAGGCACUGUCCGAUAGGUUUAGAGACGGGAUUUGACCAAGGAGAGGCGUUUAGGAUGGAAACCAGCCUGGGUAAAAAAGGGGGUUGGAACCAACGUUCAU